UUAGGUAUCUGUAUUAUAUAUAUAUAUAUAUAUAUCCAUGACACAGGCGCGAUCUCUAAAUUAUUGUUAGAUUUUAUUAAUAUCAGAUCGCAGAGAAUUCAGAUCGGUGGUACGGGAAGCUAGUAAUCACUCUUAGGGAAGGAGAUUGAGAAUUCGCGUCAAGGUUGCUGCUCUUCUUCUCUACAGAAAAACGAGAUGUCAGAAUUCAAUCGGGACGACAAAAUCAGCCACUUGUCGGAUGACAUUCUGGCCAAAAUAAUUUGCAUGUUGCCGCUAAAGGAAGCGGCAGCUACAAGUGUCCUUUCGCAGCGUUGGCGUUAUGUAUGGACAUCUGCUACAGAUCUCAAUUUCGAAGGAGAACAACUGUUUCACUGCUUGAAUUCGGAAUUUUAUUCCAAAGAUAAACUUAAUCGUAUGAGGAAAACAUACAUCAACUGGGUAAAUUCUAUAAUCAAUCAGCACGAUGAGCACAAUGGCGGCCUAAUUGAACGCUUGAGAAUUGCCUUCGAUCUUAGUCAUAAAAGUUCAUCUUCGCUCAAUGGGUGGAUUCACUUUGCCAUGGAAAACGGAGUUCAAAUUAUUGAUUUGGAGUUGUUAGAAGGGGGUGGUCUGAGGGGUAUUUCAACCCCUUAUACAUUCCCUUCCAACCUUGAGUUUAAUAAGUUCAAGUCCCUCAAGGUGUUUCGAUCGAUAUCCAUAGAAGUCUGCCAAGAGGUUCUGGAAUCCUUAUUGGGUAAUUGUCCACUUCUUGAACGAUUAGAAGUUAUGGAUUCAUACGCGUUGACCAGUUUAAAGGUUGUUGGACCAUCGCUUCCAUUGAAGCAUUUAAAGUUGUCUCAUUGUUUCAAAAUGGAAAGCCUUGAAAUCUGCGAUGCUUUAAACCUUGUUUCAUUUUAUUUCAAGUAUCCGAGAAUAAGAUUGAUUCUUAGAAACGUACCUAAGCUUGUUGACGUUUACCUCCAUUCCUACAAGCUACAUAGUACCUUCACCAUGCUUUCAUGCUGUGUCUCUCAGCUACACAUUCUUCAAUUGUUUGUUCCAAAGAGAUCUAUUGGCGAAUUUGAUACGUUUCCUAUGUUAACAAAUCUCAAAGAGCUGAAACUGAUAUUUGAUGAAUAUGAUGAUCACGUUAUUUUUUAUAUACCUUCUGUUUUCAAAAUAGCACCCAACUUGAAAAGGCUUCAAUUAAUGUUGAGGUGGUCGAAAGAGGUACAAGGGUCAAUUCCUAAACCUGAAAAUUGCCCUCGUCAUCUUUGCCUCGAGGAAGUGGAAAUAACAGGCUAUUCAAGUCUUCCAAUUAAUGAUGAACUUAUUCUCUACCUGAUUGAGCAUGCAGUUUCAUUGGACAAAAUCAUCGUCAACCCUUGCAUAUUUGAGGAAUGGCCCUUCAAUCAAGAGAUAAAGACAAGUGAAACCCGAGUGGAGGAAGAGCAUGCGAGACGUCAUGCUAGGAAAAAUAUGCAAAAGAAGAUUCCGAAAACUAUAGAAUUUAUGUUACUCUAAUGUAUUUUUUAAUUUAUGUGGACAGUAUAGUAGUGGUGAUUAUAAUUUAAGAAAAAAAAAAAAACAGUUUUACUUA